UAAGAAAGGAUAGUUGCUCACUGCGAAUCCAGGGCCUUCGAUUAUUUUAUUUUAACGUACUGUACGGAGUAAGGAGUAGCAGUACGGAACACGGUCACCUACGACGCGAUUCUUUACUCGUACCUCUUCGCGUCUCUCCACAAAAAAGAUUGUUGAACAGCCUGGCAUCUCAUUUACUCGCUAUUCGUACCAAAAACUCCUUUGAAUGCGACAACUCUCACUCUCACCAUUUUGUUCUCACAGUCUCACGCGUCCUCUCCAUCAACGAACCAUCCAACGUCUCACAGCCUCCUACGAAACAAUUACCGCUUUUCGAUCCCAUCCAUCGUCUCUUUUGUUGUGUACCUGCGGUCUCUUGACUGCGCAACCCGCACCUCAAGAUGAAUCUCUUCAGGUUACUCGGUAUGUCAAUUCUACGACUGCAGACUACAAACACGCUCAACGAGAUGAAAACCGCAUUCGAAGCUGACUGCUUUGGAAACACACAGCUGACCUGUCACACCUCUUUUCCAUCUUCAUCCUCCUUCAUAAGAUGCGAGUGACCAACUCCUGCUCAGGAAUCUCAUUCAAAUCGCAAGCCCUCUAUUUCCUCGUCUACCUGACGAGAUACCUUGAUCUCUUUUGGACAUUUACCGACAGUGCAUGGAACACCAUUUUCAAAAUCAUCUUCCUCUCGUCUUCCGCGUACACCCUCUGGGUGAUGCUGAAUGACUACAAACCCACGCACGACCCUAACCUGGACACUUUCCGCGUGUCGUACCUCACGGGCAGCUCCGCCGUCCUCGCCAUCCUGUUCCCCUACAAAUGGACCAUCUCCGAGAUGCUCUGGGCCUUUUCGCUCUGGUUGGAGAGUGUCGCCAUCUUGCCGCAACUGUUCAUGCUGCAGCGGACGGGGGAAGCCGAGACCAUCACCACCCACUACCUGUUCGCCCUGGGCAUCUACAGAGCCUUGUACAUCCCCAACUGGAUCUAUCGCUACUUUGCAGAGGGCCAUUUCGACCCCAUCCCGGUCAUUGCCGGCAUCAUCCAGACAAUCCUGUACUCUGACUUUUUCUGGGUCUAUUACACGAAGGUCCUCAAAGGAAAGAGCUUCAAGCUUCCAGUGUAAAAAGGCCCACGAGGUUUCCUUCUUUUGGAUUGCCUCCACACUUUUCAAGUCUUGGUCUCUGUUUCUCGGCCCAACGAAUAUCCGGAUUUCAAUGUCUGAAUGGCUGUCUUGGGGCACGAACGUUGCGCCGGAACACCAGGACCUGGUUUGACAGACGAAACAAAUCGUUGGACCCAUGUGGAAAAAAAGGGGGGGGGGAUAGUCAGGUCCGCCGCAGUCUUUUUCGAAAACUCGAACCCUUUUUUGCAAACUCUUACGGAAAAUGUUAGUAAGACGUGAAGGCGAUUGCUAUCCUGUGAGGCUCCGGGCCAGUUGAAAUUUGGAAUAAAGACUACGCCUCGAGAAGACAGUCACUUGAACUCUCAAAUCCCACGCCAGUGUGUUCUUAUGACCGUGGGAAGUGCCGUCGAUGGUCAUGUCCGCUGACCGAGGUUGAGUCCUGAAACAUGAGGAAGAACAAAAGAAGAGAAGUGGAAAGAGACAUACGAGUAUCGAAGUACGGUCUGAUGAUGAUCCAGGCACCAGGUUCUAAUGUGGCGCGCACAUCGUUGGACUCGCCCUACAAGUAGAGAUUUUUCGAAAUUUGGUCGAUUGACAGUCUUCACAACUCACUCACUCCCCGCCCAGACCGUCCGUCACACUUAGUCACGGAGGGAGGGAAAAACGAGGGUCGAUCCAGAUCUUUCAAGCCAUUGUCGAUCUUUUCCCGUGGUCCAGGGAGUAGUGAACCUGUAUACAGAAGCUGUUGCAACAACAUAGCGUAUGGAGAAGUAGCGAAAGAGUGUAUUUGUAUUUGUACAUCAUCGAAUAAAAGACCACGGCCAAUUUACAUCCA